GGCUGGCUUACCUUUUAUGUCAUGAUGACAGCUUGAUCCACGACUUAAACUCAGCCAGAAAUACAGUGGAAGCGGGCUGGGUGGCUAACGUUAAGACUGAAAAGUGGUUUCACUUGUCAAGCUAACGGUACGGCUCGCUAGCGAUCUGGAAUCUUCAGGGUCUAAAAUAACUACCAGUUUGUCAGUUGACUGCAGGACAUCUAUGUGUUGCCCAGCAACGCCAAAGCAUUGUGCGACGGCGUUUGCUGGGAGUCCGCAUAUCUCACCACCACACACAGCCAGCAGAACUCCCAGAAGAAGACGCUGUAAAUAGACAGUAUUCACAGUUUAACGAUGGAGAGAAUAAUCAUCGACAGAGACGCGUCGGUAGCAAUUGAGGAAUACUUGGAGUAUCGGAGGAUUGUGGGGGACGAUGACGGGGGCAGACUCUUCGUCCCUGAGGAGUAUGAGGAGUACAAGAGGAAGGUUCUGCCGGCGCGACUGCGGAACAGGCUGUACGUCAGCUGCGGCGUCCCCGGGGGAAUAGACUGCAAGCUGAUUGGACCAGAGACACCCUGCUUCUGCUCCCAUAGGUACAAACAGCACCAGACGGACUUUGAGCAGGUCCCUGAGGAGCGGCCCCUGGCCCUGCCCUGCCGGGUGCGAGGGUGCAGGUGUGCAUCUUACCUGUACGUGCUCCAGAGUGGCCCGCAGGCUGCGCGCUGCAGGUGCAAGCACUCCGCCCAGGACCACAGCGAGGCGCCAGGGCACCUGUGUGGGAAGUGCUCCACCUGUACUGGGUUCCACAGCCCAUACACCUGUGGGUGCGGCCAGCCCAGCUCCGCCCACCAGACGCUGGUGGAGACGCGGGAGGAGAGAGAGGGGCGGGGCCGGCCCGUGGGGCGGGACGUCCCGUACGCAGCCAUGGGAGGACUCACCGGGUUCAGCUCCCUGGCUGACGGCUACCUCCGGCUCGACCCCAGCGGGACCGGUGCCCACAUGCCUGCCCUGGGUUCCAGGUUUGAGGAAGCGUGCAGUGUGCAGACCUCAGACGGCGCGGGGAGCUCUGGGGCGGAGUGUGUGGAGGACUGGAGGAGCAGGGAGGACCGUGACAUGGCGUUCUUCGAGCGGCGAUACCAGGAGCGGCUGAAAAUGGAAAAAGCUGCAAAACAAAAGGCCUCAUCAUCUAAAGCGAAAACACGAUCUGAACGUUCCCACAGGAAGUGAGCCACGCCCAUGCACAGGAAGUGAGCCACGCCCAUGCACAGGAAUGCACCGUGUCAACACUAAAGAACAACACUGAAGAACAACACUGAAGAACAACACUAAAGAACAACACUGAAGAACAACACUGAAGAACAACACUGAAGAACAACACUGAAGAACAACACUAAAGAACAACACUGAAGAACAACACUAAAGAACAACACUGAAGAACAACACUAAAGAACAACACUAAAGAACAACACUGAAGAACAACACUAAAGAACAACACUGAAGAACAACACUAAAGAACAACACUAAAGAACAACACUGAAGAACAACACUAAAGAACAACACUAAAGAACAGAGUCCACCGUUCCUGCUUCAUCUGAGGAAGACGCUCCUUUAGACACGUCAUUACUCCAGUGCAAGUCCAAACAGUUACAUUACAAACGCACAUCCUGUAGUACAUUACUGUGUCUCUAGGGGGCAGCACUGUACAGGACUUGUUUGACAGCCGUUGCUGCAUUUUCAGCUGAGACGUCAGGAAGGCGUGUUGACAGCGUUCAGUGGUGUGUUCAGCGAAGGGACAGGUGAAAAGCAUCAC